GGUUGGACACUAAUUGUUAGAGUGAACUGGUUUCCCUUAUACCAUUGAACCUAGACUAUUACUUCAUUGCAGUGUUACUUAUUAAUGCUUUUACAUAGUUGUGAGUUGUGCUACAAUUUUAUUAAUUUUUAUUUUAGAUAGUGUUCCAAUUAAGUUCAUUUCAUCCUGGCGGGGCCUCAAGGAAUGCAAGCUGUUAUUGGUGACUGUGUAGCUCUGAGAUUUCGUACUUGCAAUCUGCAUCACACCUGGAAGUGGUUGCAUCAAACUAUUAGCCUUCACAACUAUAUGAUAUCUCUUGCUUCGAUUGCUACACAGCUUUAAGCCAAUCCUGUAUUUUCCGUCAAAAGUUAGUCAUAGACAAUUCGUAGCACCUCGUAGUGUAAUUAUUAAAGUUACGCCAUUGACAGACCUGAAAUAUUCUUGAAAUCUAUAAAUAAUGGCUCUAGUAUUUUAUCACUCUGUUGCAACAAAAUGCUGCAAGUUUGGUUCUCUGCUCAAGAGACAGAAAAGCCGUACAUUUACUGUUAUGAAACCACCUUCAAAUUUGAAGUCCACUUAUACUAAGGUGAACAGUACUGCUAAUGAAGAAAAAAUAAUAAAAUCUGUAUUUAUUUCACAAUCGCAUGAUAUCUUCACAAAUCUGGCCUUAGAAGAUUGGAUGUACAGGAAUUUUGAUUUUACUGAUCACCAUGUUAUGCUUUUAUGGCGGAAUAGCCCUUGUGUUGUCAUUGGACGCCACCAAAACCCUUGGAUGGAAGCUAAUUUUAUUGAAUCUGAAAAUGGUAUUCAAUUGGCUCGUAGAAAUAGUGGAGGUGGAACUGUUUAUCAUGAUGAAGGAAAUCUUAAUGUUACAUUUUUCACACCACGUGAAAGAUACAACAGAAAACAAAAUCUUGAAAUAUUAGCCAAAACAUUAGAAAGAGGUUGGGAUCUGCAUUCUCAAAUUAAUAAGAAAGAAGACAUCGUCCUUGAUUCAACUUUUAAAAUCUCUGGAACAGCUUCGAAAUUGGGAAGACCAAAUUCUUACCACCAUUGUACUUUACUUGUUGAUGUAAAUAAGGAACAACUUGUUAGAGCUCUAGACAAAAAUAAGGGGCUUCAGUUCAAAACAACAGCUACUCAGAGUGUCCCUUCUCCUACCGUGAAUUUAACAGAAGUAAAUUCAAACAUUACCAUGGAUGGACUAAUGGCAGCUGUCGGUUGGGAGUAUUUGAGAACAUCAGCUAUCAGCCAAAAGGAUUUAGGAUGGGAGCUUGUUUCGAAACAGAGAGGUUUUCAAAUGAUAAAUCCAACAGAUGAAUGGUUCCCUGGUCUGGAUGAAAUCAGAUCUGAAUUCUACAGUUGGGAAUGGCGCUAUGGCAAAACUCCUAAAUUUGUAGCCACCAAACAUUAUACUUUAGACAAUGACCUCGGACAGCUUUCAGUUAGCGUCGAAGUGGAAGGAGGAGUCGUAGGAGGAGUGGUACUCAGCAUUCCUCCAGGCGUUGCUUGGGGACGGCUGACUGGGGAAGUUGAUUUAGUCACUACAGCUAGGGACCAAAAGUUCACUCCGCAGGUGUUUGACCUGAUUCAGGCAGCUAUCAAACAGCAAGGUGUCUCCUUCCAAUCAGCACGCCAGGAAAUGGCAUUAUGAUACGAUCCUAUUGAUAAGAAAUUUGAUUAAUAGAAUAAUUAAUGAAUUACAAUACUGAAAUCUUAAAAAGACUGUUUACUGCUCAAAUAUAUUUAUAUUCUUAUCAACAAUAAGGUAAAAUUAAAAAAAAAGAUAUUUCUAUUUUAUUGUUGAAUGUAAUUUCAAUUGUAGCGAUACUAGGUUUUAAACUGAUAUUAUUUAUUCCUAUCUACAAUUCAGUGCCUAGGUUAUCUGCAGUGCUGAUAAAAAACAUGAUGUUGGUUGACCCAACGGGUUAUGGUGGUGUUAAUCUUGAUAUUAAGAAUAUUUGUUUAAUUGACUAUAUAUAUAAUCCAUUUUAUUUUCUUGGAGUUUCUUCUUUAAUAUGGACUGGAAUAUAUAGCCUAUAUAUACAAUAUAGGUGACAUAUGUUUUAAUAGUUAUGGGAUUAUAAAGUUGUUUCACUUUUAAUCUUUAGUUGUUUGAUAUAUAUUCCUAUGUAUGUUAAUUAAAGUACAUAUUAGGAUAUUUUAUUUUUGUCAGUGGAGUAACUUCAAAUUAAUUUAGUUUUAUUCUGUUAGUGUUAUUUUUGAUGACUGCAAAUAGUUUUAGUUGUAAUUAAUUAAAUGUUAAUAAUGUAGUCAGAUGGCUGUUUAGUUUUGAAAUACUCAAUGCAAAAGUUGUGAUUUAAAAAAAAAAAAAGAAAAGAAGAAAAAUAGGUUUCUUUAUUUUUAUCUUUAUAUUAUAUAAUAAAUAUAAUAUUUAAUAUAGUUACCUUACUCUGAAAUAGUGGAAGAUUGAACAGUAAUCUGAUGAAUCAUCUCAGAAAUAUAGUAUUCUUCUAUUUAUGUAUUAUUUUAAAAUUAAUUGUAAAAUAGUUCAUUUAUUAUUUUAUAUAUUGAUUUUUGUUAAGAUUGUUACUUGCUCUGUUUUUAUUACUGUUGCAUUAUUUUUAUUGUUUUCUUGAAUUAUUUAAAUAAAUGAUGAUCAAAUUAUUUUUUAAAUUAUUU